AUGGCAUUCAAGGCUUUCAUCUCCCGUAUCACAUCAUCCUUCAAAUUAUGCCGCUCCAAAAAUCCGUCCAACACCCUAGAAAAUCAUAUCCAACUCUCCCCAAGCCCUCUCUUCAUUGACUGCCAGCCAGCCACCCCGCUCCCUUUCAAACCCCACCGCUUCUCCUUCAAGCACCACGUCUCCUCCAUCUUCGGCUGUGGGUUCCGCACACACGAAGACGACCUCCCCAAAUCACCGGCAUGCAAGUGGGAUGAGACGCCACGUCGCAACUACAACUCCUCCAUCUCCGACGAUUCCGACAAUGAGCUCUUCCCUCCUCUUCCUCCUCCUCCUUCUCCGAUGCCGACACGACACCCUAUCUCCACUUCCUCAACCGACAGUGGUUUGUGUGGCUAUGAGAGAGAUGAUGAAGAAGAAGAGAUCGUGACACUUCCACUAAAUCGCAAGAAGAGGAUGAAGAAGCUGCUACCGUCAUUUCCGGUGAAGGGGAAAGUGAAGGACAGCUUCGCGGUGGUGAUGGAAUCGGUGGACCCAUAUGAGGAUUUCAAGGCAUCCAUGAUGGAGAUGAUAUUAGUGAAGCAGCUGCUUGAGGCGAGAGACUUCGAGCAGUUGUUAGAGUGUUUCUUAUCGCUCAAUUAG